AUGAAAAAUGAAGUGAAAAAGAAGAAGCAGAACAAGGAAUGGAGGUGCAUUGAUUCAUGUUUUUGGAUGGUUGGGUAUGUGUGCACCACUUGGUGGAUUCUGAGUUUCAUCUACCGGUGUUUACCUGCUACAUUACCUGGUUUUGAAGCACCUGAGUCACCUGGGGUGAGGUUGAGCCGUGAAGGGGUGGCUGCACUUCACCCUGUUGUUCUUGUACCUGGCAUUGUCACUGGUGGGUUGGAACUCUGGGAAGGGAGGCCCUGUGCUGAAGGGCUUUUCAGAAAGCGAUUGUGGGGUGGCAGUUUUGCUCACAUACUCAAAAGGCCUUUAUGCUGGUUAGAGCAUCUCUCUCUAGAUAACGAGACUGGGCUAGACCCACCGGGAAUUCGAGUGAGGGCAGUGCCUGAACUUGUUGCUGCUGAUGACUUUUCUUCUGGUUAUCUUGUUUGGGCAGUUUUAGUAGAAAAUUUGGCAAGAAUUGGUUAUGAAGGGAAGAAUUUGUACAUGGCUGCCUAUGACUGGAGAUUGUCUUUCCAGAAUACAGAGAUUCGAGACCAAUCUCUUAGUAGAUUGAAGAGUAAGAUUGAGCUCAUGUUUGUAACAAACGGCUAUAAGAAAGUGGUAGUGGUGCCUCAAUCUAUGGGGGCUAUUUAUUUCCUCCAUUUCCUAAAAUGGGUUGAGACACCUACUCCAAUGGGAGGAGGUGGUGGUGCAGGAUGGUGUGACAAGCACAUUAAAGCAGUCAUGAACAUUAGCCCGGCAUUUCUUGGUAAUCCAAGAGCAGUUAGCAAUAUAUUUUCAGCUGAAGGCGGUGAUGUCGGUUUUGUGAGAGCCGUGGCUUCUGGUGUUUUAAAUUUUGAUUACCUUGGCCUUCAAACGGUUGAACAUGUCUUGCGGGUAUGUAGAACAUGGGAUUCAAUCAUCUCAUUGAUGCCAAAAGGUGGUGAAACCAUCUGGGGUCACUUGUAUAGGUGUCCUACGAGUAAAUGUGAUAAGGGAUAUAUGAAGAACUUUGUAAGUCACAAUACUUAUAACUGCUGUGAUACGCAGAAAGUUCUUCAAGUAAAAGAGCCUCUGGAGUAUAGAAGAGCAAUCUCUUUUGGCAAGGCAGUCUCACAGUUACUCGCUUCACUUCUCACUUUACUUGAUUCCGAGGAAAUUUCAAGGGAAACUAAUUCUGCUACUUUUAACUCAACAUGUGAGGAUGUUUGGACUGAAUGUGAUGAGAUGAGCAGAGAAAGAAACCAAAGAGUUACUAAAACAAAGGCUUAUACAUCAAGUACGAUUUUUGAUCUACUUAAUUAUGCGGCUCCAAAAAUGAAGCGGGCUGAGGCUCACUUCUCUCACGGUAUAGCAGAGAACUUAGAUGAUCCUACAUACACCCAUUACAAAUACUGGUCUAAUCCACUCGAAACCAAACUACCCGAUGCUCCGCAAAUGGAAAUAUACUGUAUAUAUGGUGUUGAAACUCCUAUUGAAAGAUCAUAUGAUUACAAGUUGUCCUCCUCUGACAAGCGCACGCGUAUUCCUUUCCAAAGUGAUCUUUCAGUAGAUGAAGAAGAGGGUAGUUGGUUACACAAUGAUGUUUAUUCUGUGGAUGGUGAUGAGAAUGUGCAUGUUUUAAGUUCAGGGUUCAUGUGUGCCAAAGGAUGGCGCGGAAGAACACAGUUCAAUCCAUCCGGCAUGGCUACAUAUGUAAGAGAGUAUCAGCACAAACAACCAGGUAGUCUUCUUCAAGGGAGAGGUCUAGAGAGUACUGGAGCACGUGUCAAUGUUAUGGCGAAUAUUGCCUUGAUUGAAGAUGUUUUAAGAGUUGCUUCUGGAGCAACUGGUGCAGAUAUUGGCGGUGAUAGAAUAUUUUCAGAUAUCAUGAAGAUGUCUAAAAGGAUAAAUCUCAAACUGUGA